CCUUCCGCGCUCCCGCCGGGCCCCCUCCGCCGCGCUCCCGCCGCCGCCGCCGCGCCCCCGCCAUGGCCUCCGGGGCGGCCCCCGGGCAGGGCGGCCCCGCGCCGCCCCUCGCCGUGCAGCGCGGCAUCGUCAAGAUGGUGCUCUCGGGAUGCGCCAUCAUCGUCCGCGGGCAGCCCCGCGGCGGGCCCCCUCCCGAGCGACAGAUCAACCUCAGCAACAUCCGCGCCGGCAGCCUCGCCCGCCGCGCCGCCGCCGGCCAGCCGGACGCCAAGGACACCCCGGACGAGCCCUGGGGGUUCCCAGCCCGGGAGUUCCUGCGGAAGAAGCUGAUCGGGAAGGAGGUCUGCUUCACCGUGGAGUACAAGACCCCGCAGGGCCGCGAGUACGGCAUGGUGUACCUGGGCAAAGACACGAGCGGCGAGAACAUCGCCGAGUCCCUGGUGGCAGAAGGACUGGCCUCCCGCCGGGAAGGGAUCCGAGCCAACAACCCUGAGCAGAGCAGGCUGGCGGAGCUGGAGGAGCAGGCCAAGAGCGCCAAGAAGGGGAUGUGGAGCGAGGGCACGGGCUCCCACACCAUCCGGGACCUCAAGUACACCAUCGAGAACCCCCGGCACUUCGUGGACUCCAUGCACCAGAAGCCGGUCAAUGCCAUCAUAGAGCACGUCCGGGAUGGCAGCGUGGUGAGAGCCCUCCUCCUCCCGGACUACUACCUGGUCACCGUCAUGCUCUCGGGGAUCAAGUGCCCCACGUUCAAGCGGGAGGCGGACGCCCCGGAGGUCCCCGAGCCGUUUGCGGCCGAAGCGAAGUUUUUCACGGAGUCGCGGCUGCUGCAGAGGGACGUGCAGAUCGUGCUGGAGAGCUGCCACAACCAGAACAUCCUGGGCACCAUCCUGCACCCGAACGGCAACAUCACCGAGCUGCUGCUGAAGGAGGGCUUCGCCCGCUGCGUGGACUGGUCCAUCGCCGUCUACACCCGCGGGGCCGACAAGCUGCGCGCGGCCGAAAGGUUCGCCAAGGAGCGCAAGCUGAGGAUCUGGAGGGACUACGUGGCCCCCACGGCAAACCUGGACCAGAAGGACAAGCAGUUUGUGGCCAAGGUGAUGCAGGUGCUGAAUGCCGACGCCAUCGUGGUGAAGCUGAACUCUGGGGACCACAAAACCAUUCAUCUGUCCAGCAUCCGACCCCCCCGGCUGGAGGGGGACAGCACUCAGGACAAGAACAGGAAGCUGAGGCCCCUCUACGACAUCCCCUACAUGUUCGAGGCCCGGGAGUUCCUGCGCAAGAAGCUCAUCGGGAAGAAGGUGAACGUGACGGUGGACUACAUCCGACCCGCCAGCAGCGCCACCGAGACCGUGCCGGCCUUCUCCGAGCGCACGUGUGCCACCGUCUCCAUCGGGGGAAUCAACAUCGCCGAAGCGCUGGUGAGCAAAGGCCUGGCCACCGUCAUCCGCUACCGGCAAGACGACGACCAAAGAUCCUCUCACUACGAUGAGCUCUUGGCCGCAGAGGCUCGGGCCAUCAAGAACGGCAAGGGGCUGCACAGCAAGAAGGAGGUGCCCAUUCACCGGGUGGCCGACAUCUCCGGGGACACCCAGAAGGCGAAGCAGUUCCUGCCCUUCCUGCAGCGCGCCGGCCGCUCCGAGGCCGUGGUGGAGUACGUCUUCAGCGGCUCCCGCCUGAAGCUCUUCAUGCCCAAGGAGACCUGCCUCAUCACCUUCCUGCUGGCAGGUAUCGAAUGUCCCCGAGGAGCCAGGAACCUGCCGGGGCUGGUGCAGGAGGGGGAACCCUUCAGCGAGGAGGCCACGCACUUCACCAAGGAGCUGGUGCUGCAGCGAGAGGUAGGAGCGCGUGGCGCGGGCGCGGGUGAUGCCGGCGGGUGCCGACUGCCUUCCCGAAGGGCUGCGGGCAGGCGCAGCGGGUGGGGGCUUUCCGUGGCACAGGAAUUGCCACGAUCGUACGUCACUGAGUGUCCCUACUGCCAGGUUUGGGUCCAGGCACAGCCAGGGGAUGCAGCCCCUCUGCUGUUCCGCGGCUCCGGCACGGCUCGGGGCUGCGGUGUCCGUGCCGCAUGUGAGGGGAGGACGAGAGCCCUGCGCCACCGCCGGCAGCGGCACGCUGGUGGCACGGGAAUGGUGCUUUGUGUUGGAAGCCAAUGCGUAAAUCACGGAGGUGGUGUCUUCCCACCACCCCUAAAUCUCUUGUGCCGGGCAUUUCUCCCUGUCAGGGCCAGGGGCAGGUGGGAGAGCGCUCGCUUGCCUCUUCUUUUACCUUUGUAUUUGUGUGGAAAGCGAUAACAAGAGCUACUUGUG